CUCAACGGUUGGACUGGUUUCCACAUGCUCGGGGUCUAGCCAUGUUGAACGAGCUAUCACACCCGGUUGUUCUGACAGCGAGCGUUGCAAGUGCCGCAGCACAUUCGCCUAAGAUACCUGGACGGCCUGCCCUUGCGUACUCACAAGAUGCCGCGCAAAGGAAGAAGCGGCAAGGAAGUGUCGGAGGCCUUGUCGCUUGCGCCUUUGGGAGCUAUUUUAUCCAAAGGGCAUUUAACAUUGUUGCAAGAACAUCCAAGAAAUUGCCAAGACAUCGUGGAAAGUUUCUGAAAUCCACGGAAGGCAAGAUUGAAGGGCAGCAAGUUGUUCUUCCAGAGCCUGUUUUGUCAAAGCCUUCCAGCCGGGCUGUUGUAUGGUUUCGUUCUGGCGAUUUGCGGAGUAGAGAUCACGAUGGAUUGAAUGUGGCAGCAACUGCACAAGAUGGCUUUCUUUGUUGCUACAUCUUUGAGUCACAAGAGUUGGCUCGAUUGUCAUCUCGUCGAAUAGCUUUGUUGCAGACAGCUGUCGAUGAUUUGAAAAGGCAGCUGGAGAGGCAUGGAAUGAGCCUCCAUCUUCUGUUUUCAGAAGAUGCUGCAAAGUCUAUCCAUCACUUCUGCCGAGAGAUGAAUGUGACCGACAUCUACGUGCACGAAGAUCCCAUGGAUCUUCGUGUCAAGACCCUUCAAAGGCUAGGUUCCAUGUGUAGAUCUGGUGGUGCACGCCUGCACACUUGGCGUGCACCCCUGCGCGUGGCAGUUGGUUCUCUCUGCCAAUGCGAAACACAUGAUGACUAUAUCUCCGUGGUCCAAACACUGGAAACCACUGCACCAACUGCUUCAUUGAGCCACCUGAGGACGCUUGCAUCAAGUGAAAUGCCCCAGAUCCCAUCGGCUUGGAAGAGGGAACUUCCAACUUUGGAUGAGCUUCAAGAACUGCUCCUGGGCUCCUCCAGUCGAGAUCAAUGGCUCUUUCGCCAAAAGCAGACCUACGUUCGAGGUCUAGGGGCAGACACUGCUACUGAAGAGGAGGCUUUUCGCUUGCUGGAACUCUAUGUCAAGGAAGGAGCUGAAGCUGUGGCUCAAGAUUUGUGGGGCUUUCCGGGUGAUGUCUUGCCUCACUCGAAGGAGGAGUGGGCCUUUCGCCGCAUCGCCUUGGGGCCUGAUGGCUACAAGGGUUUGAGACCGGGAGAAGUCUUCAGCCGAGCCUUUGCUGAAGAAUUGUUGUGGUUGGGAACAAUCUCCAUGCGUCGCGUGGCCCAAGAAUUGAAGAGAAGUCAAAGCGAGGAUUGUCAAGCUGCUUUGGAAGCUUUGGAGGCUCACGAGUGGCAUCGACUUCUCGCCUUGCAAGACCUUCAAAAGGUCGAACCGGACGACGGCGAACCCGGCGUGUCCCGGCUCGGGUACUUCCGGUGGCGGGGAUAUUUGUGUCGCUACAUUGCACCGGUGGAAGAAGAUGAAAACGACCUCAGACCACCAGUCCUGGCAGUUCAUGGUUUUGCCGCUUCCUGUAUGCAGUUUACCGGCUUGGCAACGGCUCUACAGGUUGGGCGGGAGAAUCCGGUGCCCGUGUAUGCCUUGGAUCUAAUAGGCUUUGGACAUGCAGAGAAGCCACCUUUGUCUAUCACUCAAUACGUUUGGGAACAGUGUGUCAAGGACUUUCUACUCGGUGUAGUGGGAAGACCUGCUGUUUUGAUGGGCAACUCGAUUGGAGGCUACAUGGCACAGUCAGCCGCUGCCUUUCUGGGACCUGGCCUUUGCCGUGGCAUUGUUCUUCUGAAUUCUGCUGGACCUUUGCUCAGUAUGGAAGACUAUCAGAAGCUUCUGCAAAGCAGUGGAGGGACGGUUCUAGAACGGAUGAGGAAAGGAUAUGGGGAAGAAGCACAGUUGCCACAGUAUGCUCCGCCACCUCAAUGGUUGGUGGAUUUUGGAGCAUGGCUUUUGUUGUCUGGCUUGCAGCCAAACAUUGAGGGCAUUCUAAAGCGGCUCUACCCAAGCAAUCCAACACCAGUUGCUGACUUGGCACUUGAAAUCUUUCGAGAUUCCAAGGACCCCUUUGCCAGCAACGUCAUAGGAUGUUUCAGUCGGCUUGGACCCAAUCGCCCGACGAAUGAACUCCUGCAGGAAUAUGCAAAGUCGGACAGCCGGGAUGGCCGUGCUCAUCUUCUCAUUUGCCAAGGCAUGGCAGACUUGCUGGGGGGAGGACCUGAAAACCAACCGAAGCGUCUUCAAGGCUUUAUCUCCGCAGUGCCCGAGUUGCAAGCUUCUGGUGUACCAAUUGAAGGCUGUGGUCACUGCCCCCAUGAUGAAGCUCCUUCCAAAGUUGCAGAUGCUGUGCUCAAAUGGUUGGACGAGGAAGUCUUGCAGUGAUGUUCAAUACUUCAAUAACUCAUUGACAUUGAAAUUAUUGUAAUUGUCUCAUACAAUAGUUGAAGUUUAGACAAAUUUAGUCAAUGCAGCCACGUGCCUGUGGCCAAGUGCUAUCUUUGCAGCGCGGAAAACAACAGAUGACAAAGCGCACAAAAGCAGAAUGAAUAGGAUUGCACAGUUGAGACCUAUGGUUGCUGAAGCUCAAUGUACAACAAACGCUUUUCAGCCGCAUUUUCUUCUUUCAGACGCGUCCCUUCAUGUCCCCGACAAGGGCCUUUGCCUUACCCUUUCAGGUGCCAAGUGCCGUC